AUGCUGCAGUAUCACCACCAUCGAAAGGAUAUGAUGCUCUCCCUCCUUUGGUUACUUCCGUCGGCGCUCGCCGCUCAACCCUCCGCACCCGACCCCAUCUCCGCUCCGCUGCGAUCCCUAGAUUUCGGGCAACUAAAUUUCCUCCAUACCACAGAUACACAUGGCUGGCUGGCCGGUCAUUUGCAGGAGCCCUCGUAUUCCGCAGAUUGGGGAGACUAUAUAUCGUUUGCAACCCGGAUGCGGGAAAAGGCAGAAGCACAGGGGCAAGAUCUGUUGGUCAUAGAUACCGGUGACAGAGUCGAAGGAAAUGGCCUAUAUGACUCGUCCGAGCCAAAGGGUGUCUACCUCUCAGACAUACUCCGACACCAACAUAUCGACUUAUUAACGUCGGGAAACCAUGAACUAUAUAAGAAGAACACCUCCGAGGCGGAGUUUUUCACCACCGUUCCCAACUUCCGGGGGAACUACUUGGCAUCUAACAUUGAUAUCAUUCACCCUACAACGAAGGAACUCGUGCCUCUCGCCCCACGGUACAAGAAGUUUACUACCAAGAAACAGGGCAUCCGGGUGGUUGCAUUUGGCUUCCUGUUCGAUUUUACCGGAAACUGGAACAACACAGUCGUUCAGAAAGUGUCCUCCACUAUCAAAGAGGACUGGUUCCAGGAAGCUAUUCGAGACAAAGAGGUGGACCUGUUCCUCGUAAUCGGCCAUGUGCCUGUCCAUUCGCCGGAAUACCAGGCUAUCUUCAAGGAGAUCCGAGGUAUUCGCUGGGAUACCCCAAUCCACUUCUUCGGUGGGCAUCAGCAUAUCCGCGAUUAUGCGCGGUAUGAUUCCAAGGCGUUUGGACUGGCGAGUGGUCGAUUCAUGGAGACUGUUGGGUUCGCGUCCAUCGACGGUCUGAACACACCUAAGAGCACUCAUCUCUCCGGUGCAGUCGCCAGCCCUGUCUUCAAGCGAAGAUACAUUGACCAGAAUUUGUUUUCCUACUAUCACCACACCGGACUUGAUGAAAAGUCAUUCCCUACCGAAAAGGGCCAGAAUGUUUCCCGGCUGAUCGCCAAAGCACGGACCGACCUCCAUCUAGAUCAAGUUCAUGGGUGCGCUCCACAUGAGCUUUGGAUGUCGCGAGUCAAGUACCCGAGUCCUAGCAGCUUGUAUACCUGGCUCGAGACCCAGGUGUUGGCUGAUUCACUCAAGGAUGAACGUCGUGUCAAUGUUCCCACGCUGGCCGUGGUCAAUACCGGUGCCUUGAGAUUUGAUAUCUUCCCGGGGCCUUUCACUCAGGACUCGACCUUCAUUCUGUCGCCAUUCACCAGUGGUUUCCGAUAUUUGAAGAAUGUGCCUUUUGACAAAGCCCAGCUUAUCGUUGAGGUUUUAAAUAAACAACCUCAGGUUUUGCAGGCAUCGCAGGAGGGUAGUUCUCCCACAACAUUGGCCCCUCCUGAACAACUGGCAUACCCUGAAGAUGUGGUGGUUGACAAAGAGCCGGUGGCGUUUGACCAAACCCCCUUGUCCGACAGCCGCAAGCUCGUGCCUGGGUACACCACCGAGGAUGAUGCAGGUAAGGACGGUGACGAUACUGUUCACGAGCCCAUCUCUUUUUACCGAGUGCCGAACUGUCUCCAGGUGCUUUUGAAUAAUUCAACGGAGACCCCAGAGACUGUAGAUUUGGUCUACAUAGAUUUCAUCGAGAAAUAUGUGGUCCAGGCCGGCAAACUUGCCGGCCUGGACAUUGAUGUUGCCAAGGAGAGCGACGUGUAUAUGCCGCAGAUGUCUCUGACGAACCUGAUUUUGGACUGGGUGAAGAAGAACUGGAAGUGUUGA